GACGGCGAGAUACUGAAGAGACGCUUCUCUGCUUUGUUUUGUUUUUUUCUUCUCUCUCCCUCUCUACUUCCUCACUUCGCUCCCUGGGAGGUUGUGAAAGGGCAGAACAGAGAGGGAGACGCAAAAUAAUAGAGACAAAGGGGGCAAAGCCGAGAGGAUGAAAGCAAAUGUGAAUGUGUGAGUGACUCUGUGUGUAACAUGCUCUGUCAUGCUGGUGUGACUACCGCUGCCUCCCCAACCGGCGUCGUUUGGCUGUCAGGAAAAGGAAUGCUUUCCGGAGGAAUGAGUCCCUGAACCGGUUCACCAUGUGGAUGUGGGACAGUAAUUUCCAAACCUUUGCCGGAAGAAUCCCACGGAAAAAAGAGCAGCGGCCGGAGAGCUUAGCUGGUCCUGCUGGGUGGCCGCCUGUGUGCUCGCUCUGCUGAAACUCUCACUUAAAAACUGAGUUCACACUGGGCUUAAGUCUGCUUUUCAGUUUCUUCCAGUUUACGUUUCUUUUCUUUUAAGCCGUCACAUUUAGCAGGAUUUUUAUCUUCCUUAAGGAACUCAAUGGAUUUUAUGGUGCUGUAUAGUUUGAUUUGUGAAACUGCCUUGUUACAAGCUGGCGCUUUUGGUAAUGAUGCCCUAGGACCUAACAAGUGAAGCUGGAAACUCAGAAAGAGCUCUUUCUUUACUUGAGAACUGUUCCGAAUGCACGCAUCACAACAGUGAACUUUACCAUGGGACACUACAUUAUGUGCCGCGGCCCACGUAGACUGUGGGGCAGUGUUUGUGGAUAUAUAGCUAAAUAGAUUUUUUUAAAAAGGGGUGCUCAAGGGGUGAAAGGUUAACAGGAAGCGGGACCAGCGCUGACACAGCUUUGGUAUGAAGCCUGGACAAUGCCCAGGUGCUCCCACUGACAGGUCCAUGAUGCACCUCAGUCAUUUUCCUUUUAGAAGGCACUCCUGGAUAUGUUUCGAUGUGGACAAUGGCACAUCAUCAGGUCGAAGCCCACUGGACCCAAUGGCCAGCCCGGGCUCAGGCCUCAUCCUGCAGGCCAAUUUUGUCCACAGUCAACGGAGAGAGUCGUUCCUCUACCGCUCUGACAGCGACUAUGACCUCUCGCCCAAGUCCAUGUCGCGAAACUCCUCCAUUGCCAGUGACAUUCAUGGUGACGACAUGAUUGUAACGCCCUUUGCACAGGUUCUUGCAAGCUUGAGAACUGUACGAAACAACUUUGGUGCAUUAACUAACCUACAGCAAGACAGAACAUCCAAUAAAAGAUCACCCAUGUGUAACCCACCACCUAUCACCAAGACCACCUUCACAGAGGAGGCCUACCAGAAACUGGCCACUGAGACCCUGGAGGAGCUGGACUGGUGCCUGGACCAGCUGGAGACGCUACAGACGAGACACUCAGUCAGUGAGAUGGCUUCAAACAAGUUCAAGAGGAUGUUGAAUAGAGAGCUCACGCACCUCUCGGAGAUGAGCCGCUCUGGGAACCAAGUCUCUGAGUUCAUCUCCAACACCUUCCUGGACAAGCAGCAUGAAGUCGAGAUGCCAUCCCCUCAAACGCAAAAGGAGAAGGAGAAGAAGAACAAGCCCAUGUCUCAGAUCAGUGGGGUGAAAAAGCUGCAGCACUCAUCCAGCCUCACAAACUCUAACAUCCCUCGAUUUGGGGUCAAGACCGAGACCGAAGAUGAACUUGCUAAGGAGUUGGAGCAUGUGAAUAAAUGGGGCCUUAAUGUUUUUAAAAUCUCCGAAUUUUCUGGGAAUCGACCACUGACAGUCAUGAUGUACACAAUAUUCCAGGAGAGAGACUUGUUAAAAACUUUUAAAAUUCCACUUGACACCUUUAUAACCUACCUGAUGACCUUAGAAGACCAUUACCAUGCCGAUGUGGCCUAUCAUAACAACAUUCAUGCUGCUGACGUCACCCAGUCAACUCACGUGCUGCUAUCCACCCCUGCCCUUGAGGCUGUGUUCACAGACCUUGAGAUCCUCGCUGCCAUCUUUGCCAGUGCAAUUCAUGACGUGGACCAUCCCGGAGUCUCGAACCAGUUCCUCAUUAACACCAAUUCAGAGUUGGCGCUGAUGUACAAUGACUCGUCUGUCUUGGAGAACCAUCAUCUAGCAGUCGGUUUCAAGCUCCUGCAAGAGGAGAACUGUGACAUCUUCCAAAACUUGACCAAAAAACAAAGACAAUCACUGCGAAAGAUGGUCAUUGACAUCGUGCUAGCUACAGACAUGUCCAAGCACAUGAAUCUGCUGGCUGAUCUGAAAACAAUGGUGGAAACUAAGAAAGUGACCAGCUCUGGUGUCUUACUGCUGGAUAACUAUUCUGACAGGAUACAGGUUCUCCAGAACAUGGUGCACUGUGCAGAUUUGAGCAACCCCACCAAGCCUCUGCAGCUGUACCGGCAGUGGACGGAUCGCAUCAUGGAAGAGUUUUUCAGCCAAGGUGACCGAGAACGGGAGAGGGGCAUGGAGAUCAGCCCCAUGUGUGACAAACACAAUGCCUCAGUGGAAAAGAGCCAGGUUGGAUUCAUAGACUAUAUCGUCCACCCUUUGUGGGAGACGUGGGCUGACCUGGUCCAUCCGGAUGCCCAGGACAUCCUGGACACGUUGGAAGACAACAGAGAGUGGUACCAAAGCACCAUCCCCCAAAGUCCCUCCCCUGCAUUGGACGAGCCUGAGGACAGCACUCGACCUCCGGGAGGGGACAAGUUCCAAUUCGAGCUCACCCUGGAGGAGGACGGGGAGUCGGACACUGAGAAAGACAGCGGCAGCCAGCCAGAGGAGGAGGAGGAGGAGGAAGAGGAGGAGGAGGAAAACAGCUGUACUGAUUCUAAAACACUCUGUACGCAGGACUCUGAAUCAACAGAGAUACCUUUGGACGAACAGGUGGGGGAGGACGAUGAUGACGAUGAUGAGGUAGUAGAAGAGGGAGAAACACCCUGCUCACAAUCAUGUGUUGUCGAGGAAGAGGUAGCAGAAGAGGAGGAGGAAGAGGAGGAAGAGGAGAAAGCGAAAUCCCCUGACACAUAGCAGUUUAUGGACAGCAUCUGAUUAACUCUUCUUCUUAGUAAUGACAGAUGAUUAUUUAUAGAAUAUUUUUUGGGUUUUGUUGAAUCUGUGUGUGUUUUUUAUACAUCCAUGUUUCUGGUUCCAAAGCGUGCGCUGCUCCCCACCUUGGCCACUCCUCCCUGCCCGCUUUGUUCAGACACGCCCACCGGUACUACUUCAAGUUUUUUUGCACUCAGGAAAACUCCUUUCCAUUCCCAUUUGUACUGAAGUGGUGUGUCUUUAUUUCACCUAUACAGCCCCCCCUCCCUUUUACAGGGUUAAGUUUAGGAUGUGGACCAGCAGUUCACAGUCUGCUCCGUGCUGUUCUUACCGUACGUAACAUCACGUUUUCCUCCUUUUCUGCUUCGUCUCAGCCUCGCCCGAAAGUUUGCCAGUGUUUCCGUGUUUUAUUAAGUGCCCAUACUCUACAGAGACAGUUGUUGGCGUGUUCAAGGAGAACCUCCCUCUCGGUUAGGUCAUAUCCCCCCCUCCCGCUACAAAUUAGGAGGCACGUUAUGCUGUCAUCCGGUCGAGAAAACCUGACGGGGCGCCGCAGAGAUGAAAGCUGCAGCACACCGGGGAGCUUUUGGAGACACAUUUCUGCUGUGGAAGUCUUCCUUGAAAACCUGACUGACACCAAGCUCAAAUCGAAACGGCUGUGUCGCUGUCCUAGACCUCUUUAAUUUUUUUGUAUCGUACUGUAUGUAAGAUUCAGAUAUUUUCUAGAAUUUACUUUUGCAAUCUUAGGCUCUGUUUUGUUAGAAAUAAAGAAAACGAGGGAACUUUUGGAAACCAAUGGGGGAGAAACGUGUCGAAGAUAUUCAGUGUUUUUUUGUUUUGUUUUGGUUUUUUUCUCGAAGGGGAUAUCUUUAUAGCUGGGUUACAUUGAGUGUUCUGAGCUGUUUGCACUUGCUCCAAUAGCAUUUAUACUACUAUUUCCAUGCCACUGUACUCAUAUUUGGUUUGUCCUGUGAGUUUGAAUUUUGGAAUUCAUUCAUAAUAACUAUUGUUUUUGGUGAGCGUCUUCACCGAGAAGGAAGCGUGAAAGCCGAGGUUUUCACGCUUCAGUUACAUUGUUACAAGCCUUUAAAUUUAAUUGUCGUUGCCUGCAGUUCUUUUGAACACAUCCUAAGACAAUGCAAUGCUUUGUAGUUGAUACAAAAAGCACCUUUUUUAGAAGCUUGUUUAGUGCUCCAAGUAUACAGAAAUAGAAAUGGUAUUAUAGGGUGAUUUUAUACAAAUGCUACAAAAGCUUUUUAUCGUCCUUCUUUUCAUUUUCUUGCCCUUAUUUGACGCGCACAUCAAGAACUGCUGCUUUUUUUCCGGUCACGGUGUUUUCUUUUACGUGUUGUAAAUGUGCUUUUCAUCACAAACACGUUUUUGUUUUUAUUGGGUUUUUUUGCCUACACGACGUUAACUCCAGUUACUGUCUUUGUUUUCAACAAGACAAUCAGCUCCAUCGUGCAGUCGUCAGAUAUCCUCUACAUAGAUACUCUUGCACAGAUACAUGUAUUCGUUUAUGAUUGCAUUUAUUGUUUUAUUUAAACUUGCCAAAACACAUGCGCACAUAGGCUUGAACGUUGUCGCCCUACAUCACAGCCAAAACUCUUCACUUUUUUCUAUCAUAUUUUACGCCUCAAUUUAUUAUUUAUUGCUUGAUUCUUUUUUUUCCUCUUUGUGUGUGUGUUUAGUUUUUUUUUUUGCAUUAUGAAGAUGGUACAGUAAAUAUUUCACUGUAGCGUAGACCACAUCGCAGGCUUGCAGGUUACAAUAUCCAAAUAUACUUUUUAACCCCAGUGUACAUAAAAUAUUUAAAAGAAAAUCCACCUCUUUAAAGAAAAAAAAACACUUGAAGUACUGCACACCGCUUUUUAAAGAGUGCUUGUUUUGAUUACGUGUCAUUUUAAAACUUUUUAUUUAAUCUUUCAUUUUGUGCCAAUACUUUUCUUUCUUACUUUUUCCCCCCCAUCCUCACCCAGAGUCCUUACCUGUAAUAAAAAAUUUUCUGGUUUUA